UUGCUUUCACAUGAAUUCAAGAGCUACGAAAUAUAACUCCAACCGUAGGAUUCGGGGAAGCAGACACUCUUGGUUCACCAAUAGAUGCUUGCGCAACAAUUUACAUACCUCCAUUUCUCUCUGUAAUAAAGUGCUAGGUAUCGACAUGGCAUAUGUACACGCCCACAGCAGAAGAAGCAACCAACAAACAGGCCGCGAACGAUCCCAACGUUAUAGAUUCAAUGUAUCGCUUGUCCCAAGCCGUCCAAUCCCUCUCUCCUUUCCUCCUACCCUCCCUUUCCCUUGUUCCUGAAAAAUUUCUAUUCUUGGCCAUGGUCGCUCACCUGCGCAUCCUGUUCGACUUCUCAAUCGCUGGUGAAAGAAAACAAGAUCUUGGAAAUAAAACAAGCAAUGAACUGUUCCCUGCCAUAACCAACACCAAAACCCCGACGCCAAGUAAAAAAUGCAAUGAACUCCUUUAAAUGAGCCAGAGACUCCUCCGCUCUUGUCCCAAUAGUAAUGAUCUCGCUCCAUAACUGACGUAGAACACAAGAACGCCAUUUUGACAUGGACCAGUGAACGGCCACGUGAACUCCCGUAUGUGAUAUGUCCCGACGAUCUUCGAAAUACCCAUCGAGCUAGGGCGCGGAAUGGCUAUAUACGAUGG